CGAUGCUCAGAUGAUCACAUACAGCGAUGGUUCUGCCUCGGAUGCUUACAGUCUGGCUGUAACAUACGACUCAGCAUUUUAUGCUGGAGGCAGUGUGGCAAACUGGGGAGCUUCAACUGCACAUUCAGACAGAUUGUAUGCUGUUAAAGCUAUAGUCACUGCCAAUGCAGCCCCCUUCCUCUCGGAUUUAAGUGUACCACGAGAGUUCUUUCUGUCCAAUCUUAACAUCGGUGACUCUAUCUUGGUUGCACAUGUUUAUGAGGUUGAUACGCAUGACUUGGAGUACUUGACGUUUACAAGGCUAGAUGCACAUGGAGUAUACUUUGAUAUGAAUGUGGUGCAGAAUGCUUCCAAUACCUACGCUGAGUUUCUGGUAUUGAAUAUACCACCAGUGGGAAACUACACCAUUCAGUUUGAAGUGCAAGACACUUGCUUGAAUACUGCUUCCGGAACGGCUCAGAUUAUUGUCAAAUAUCGGCCGUUAGCCAUCAUGAGUUUGCCGAAUGUUGUAACAAUUCACAUUCAGAAUCCUGGACCGCUUUCACUACAUACUCUUGUGGUACAGUCUGAUGUUAUGUUUGGGUGUAUUGUUAACACAGUGAGCCCUUCAGUCCCAACUGGUGCAAUCAUAAUAAACUCGGGAAUAGUUACUGUCGUUGAUGUAUCCAUUCUGUCUGCACCUGUGACAUACAGUAUCAUUAUAUCAUGCACUGAUUCUGAAGGAACGGAGGAUAUGAAGACAUUAACUGUCAAUUCUGCCGCCAACACUGUACCGAGAGUGGAUGGUUUCAUUGAUUCAGCUAUUGUCGAUGCUUCAACAACAUCAGUGAAUGACGUCAUACUUUCAAACGCUGUCGUUGACGAUCAAGGUGAUGCCGUUACGAUUCUUUCGUAUUGUGAUCAGAGUCCGUGUCCAUUCCAAUUGCUAAACAGUGGUGAGGUUAUCUGUACAGAUGAUUUGAACCUAUCAAAUGAUACCACAUUUACCAUUCACUUUGGUUUAACUGAUGGGUACCUCAUUUCGACAGAAUACAUUUUGAAUAUUUAUAUACAAAAUAUAAACGUUCCUCCGUAUAUAUCCAACCUUGUCCCAGGAAACAAAAACAUAAUUACAGUGUCUGAGACUACUACAGUUGGAUCACUUGUUUUUAAUGUAAAUGGAAAUGAUGAUAAUCCAUCAGAUGUUCUCGUGUACAGUUUCCUGUUUGAUUCUCCAGACGGAGCGAGCUAUUUCGCAUACUCCACAAAUGAUGGUUCGUUAAACUUAAUAUCACCGCUGAACUAUACUUCUCUUCAACUGCUAAGUUUAACCGUGUUUGGUGUCAAUAUCACCGUUAGUGACGGAAAGGCAUCUUCCGAUGUUUACAUGCUGGAAAUAGAAAUCAUGCCGAAAGGUAUAAGCAAAAGUACCGGCAACAGUGAUACAACUUCCGGUAGUUCUGGUACCUCAGGCUCUCCACAGUCCGACCUGAGCCUAACAAACAUUGUUUUAGCAGGUGUUCUGGGUAUUUUCGUAAUGGUCUCGUUGGCCCUGUGUGUUAUAUUGAUGAUGAAGAAAACAAGAACACAUACUGAGGAUCUAAAUAGCUCAGAGGCAGACUUGAUUUCAAUUCACAGCAAAUUUCGUGUCGUUCAAGUUGAACCAUCGCAUGGAAAUGACCCAAUUGUUAAGCUUUCAAAGCCACGAAUGACAUCUGUUGACUAAACACAAAGGAUUGCCAUGUAUUCAGGACGAUGAAACAAAUUUAACUAUAUUUCCAUUCAGUAUAAAAAAACAACAAUAAUUUCUAACUAUGUUGACUAGCUUUGAGUAACAUUAGUCUGAAAGAAAAAAAAAUUCCAACAAGAAUUAAUAGGACACAGUAUUUUUGUACAUUGCAUUGUGGUUUAUCAAGGGCAUCAGAUCAGUGUAACCCUUGUAAUUUAUCAUUAAGGGAGGAAGGUUAUCGUUUCCAUUGCAUUAUGGUUUGUCAAGGACAGUCAUCGUAUCCAUUGCAUUAUGGUUUAUCAAGGACAUAGUUAUCGUAUCUAUUACAUGAUGGUUUAUCAAGGACAUAGUUAUCGUAUCUAUUGCAUUAUGGUUUAUCAAGGACAUAGUUAUCGUAUCUAUUGCAUUACGGUUUAUCAAGGACAAAGUCAUCGUAUCUAUUGCAUUAUGGUUUGUCAAGGACAGUCAUCGUAUCCAUUGCAUUAUGGUUUGUCAAGGACAUAGUUAUCGUAUCUAUUGCAUUAUGGUUUAUCAAGGACAUAGUCAUCGUAUCUAUUGCAUUAUGGUUUAUCAAGGACAAAGUCAUCGUAUCUAUUGCAUUAUUGUUUAUCAAGGACAUAGUCAUCGUAUCUAUUGCAUUAUGGUUUAUCAAGGACAUAGUCAUCGUAUCUAUUGCAUUAUUGUUUAUCAAGAACUAAACGUCAGUGUAUCCAUUGCAAUAUGAUUAAUUAAGGACAUGAAGCCAAUUGUCAUAUCGCAGAUGUCAAUAAAUUAUUUUUAGUACUAAUAAUAAUUAUAUGUAAAUAUUGAGUUCCGUUCAACCCAAGGCUAGAGUACGUGGACGGUAGCGUGCAUUUCCGCUAACAUUGAUGAACAGAAUCAUUCGAACUGAGUCUGCAACAUUUUCAAGUUUUAUAUGUUUGGCGACCUUUGGAGUUUCCACUACUUCUAUUCUAACCUAAAUUCUCUAACGGUAAUAUUGAGUUGACGCCAUGUUCCAAAAAGACCGGAAAAUAUAACAACGUUUGAAGACAUUUUACAGCCGCCACAUGACACUUAAUGACUGCAGUAGUAAGAAGACCAUUGGAAACAUAGAAUGCAACCAAGCAAAAUAAUAGCAUACUCUGUCAUGGCUGAAGCGGAAUGGGAUUAUAGCAAAAAUGAACAGAUUUCAUGAUCAAAAAGGACAGAAAGCAGAGCAAUAUUUAGUCAAGCAUUUACUCAGGCAUUUUACAGCCGCAACAUUGUACUUAAUGACAGCUCUUUUAGUUUAAAAUCUGUAAGAAAAUACCUUUGAAGUAUUAAACGCAAUAAAAAUUCUUGUGAAAGGUUUUCACUGGAUGUUAUGUUUAUUUUCGAAACAAAUCAAAAAUAAUAAGAAUCAUUUUUCACGAAUAAUAGCGGCGGCAGGAAAUAAAACGUGAAAAUGUAAAUUCUAGUGUUCACGAGUAAACAUUUUGCUAUUACCUUACAUGCAGUUCUUUUGGUUUUAUGUUCUUCGA